AUGGCCUCAAUGGAUGAUUCCAACUUUGAGCAAGAAGGAAUCACGUUUCCUGACUACCACAUCCCACCCCCGGAGCUCACGCUUCUGCAGCGCCUUUUAUUUCGCCGACCCGAGAGAUAUGUCGAGGUGAUGAGGAUGAAGCUCAGCGCCGCUGCUAAGGGCAUGGGCCGCCACCCCACCCAAGAAGAGGUGAACGUCCUCUGCCACAUUGGCUACAAGGAGGCCCGGACCGCCGCCUGGGCAACCCCAGCAAGUGCGAUGCUGGCCGCUGCUCUGACAUGGAGAGGGCGUGGCACCUACCGCUUUCCAUUCUUCCAGCCCAAGCUCGAAAAGUUCAGCCCCGAUGUGUUUCCCGCCGCGAUAGUGCCGCAUCUACAAGGCCGCCUCGCGAACCGGAUGUGGCACAUCACAAGGUUCUCCGCCUACUUCGCCUUAUCCAGUCUAGCCGUUUCCCCUUUUAUCCGCUCGUAUGCGAACACGGUGGCCAUUGUGAGCGCUCGACGCGAUGAGCGUCUCAACCAGUUUGGCAAGGAUAUGAAGCUCGAGAGGCUGGCCAGGGGCCAGGCCGACAUGCUGCCGCUAGCAGCCCUCAUCCGUCAGCGAGAGAAGACGGUUGGUCUGAUAGGACUUCUAGAGAAACAUCUAGCCAAUAUCCCCACUGAGGAGCAAAUUGCCGCCCAGUCCGAUCACCCUGACAAGAGGGAGUUUCUGAUCCAGGCAAGCCGCCGUGCCGUCACUGAAGGCCAAAGCAGAAUUGAGGAGCAGCGAAGGUUUUUGGCUUAUAUUGAUGAACUCAUCGAGAAGAGGAGGAGCGGCGGCGGCGGUGGCGGCGAUGAUGCAUUCGUGCAGAACAAGGACUACAAUACUCUCAGCUCCAUGAGCUCCGCCAGUGGCUAUACUCUGCCUAGGGAGCCCAACCGUGCUCCUCCCAUAAGCUAUUCGAGAGAGCCGCCAUCUUCGGAAGAACGGCCUGACUGGGGUUGGGGUCGGAAGGGCUCGUCCUCUCAGCAAGGCAGCAGCAGCAGCAACAGUGGCACAUUCGACGACCCGGACAUUGACGACGCAUCGCCUCUCGCACCAACCACCAGGUCUCAGUCAUCGGUCCAAUCUGGCUCAGCGUGGGAUCGCGUUCGGCAGGCCUCGAAACAGCCGUUGCGGGCGUCUGGCGGUGCCCAGGCCCAGCAGAGUGAGUCCGAGGCUUACUACACAUACGAUGCAGUCGACAAGGACAAGCAAGCGGAGAAGGACAAGGCUCAAGCAGAAUUCGAUGCAAUGAUCGAAAAAGAGCGGAGAGGUGACACAGGGCGAGGCGGUGAGCGGAAAAACCACUGGUGA